AUGGCUGGAAGGAAUGACGCUGCAAUGGCUGCCGCAAUGCAAGCGAUGGCACAAGCUGUGCAGAACUUGCCAAAUGCUGGUGGAGAUGCUGGAUCACGUAGCUUGGCGACUUUUCAAAGAGAGAAUCCGCCGGUGUUUAAAGGGAAGCAUGAUCCAGAUGCCGCCUUGGGAUGGUUGAAAGAGAUCGAGAGAAUCUUCCGUGUUAUGGAUUGCACUCCAGCUCAGAAGGUUCGGUAUGGUACUCACAUGCUAGCAGUCGAAGCUGAUGACUGGUGGCUAGAGACUCACGAGAGGUUGACCGUGGCAGGUGAAGUCAUUACUUGGGAUGUAUUCCGUAGGGAAUUCAUGAGAAAGUAUUAUCCGGAAGAUGUCCGUGGUAAGAAAGAAAUUGAGUUCCUUGAGCUGAAGCAAGGAAACAUGUCUGUCACUAAUUAUGCUGCAAAAUUUGUGGAGUUGUCCAAAUUUUAUCCUCAUUACACUGGUGUUGGUGCUGAAUUUUCAAAGUGCAUCAAGUUUGAAAACGAAGACAAUAAUGCUCAUUACAAGAUUGUCAGUGACCGCAGGGGCAAGCAACAUCAAAACCGUGGCAAGCCGUAUGAUGCUCCAGUGGGAAAAGGGAAACAAGGAGCUGCUCCGGCUCAGAGGACUAGUAGGGGAGGUGCCCCUGCUGGUAUAGUUUGCUUCAAAUGUGGUCAGGCUGGUCAUAAGAGUAAUGUAUGCACUGCUGAAGUAAAGAGGUGUUUUCGCUGUGGUAAGACUGGCCAUGCAAUAGCUGAUUGCAAGCACAAGGAAAUGAUUUGUUUUAAUUGUGGCGAAGAAGGGCAUAUUGGAAGUCAGUGUCAGAAGCCAAAGAAAUCUCAAACUGGAAAGGUGUUCGCAUUGACCGGAACUCAAACCUCCAGUGAGGACAGACUUAUCCGAGGUACAUGUUUCAUAAAUGGUACUCCUUUAAUUACUAUUAUUGAUACCGGUGCUACACACUGUUUUAUUUCUGCUAACUGUGCUCGAAGACUGGGUUUAAAAUUGUCCGCUUUGGAUGGUGAAUUGAUUGUUGAGACCCCAGCUAAGGGAUCAAUAACUACUUCUUUGGUAUGUUUAAAAUGUCCUUUGUCGAUCUUCGAUAAAGAUUUCUAUGUUGAUUUAGUAUGUUUGCCGUUGGAUGGGAUGGAUGUAAUUCUUGGUAUGAACUGGUUAGAGUAUAAUUAUGUUCAUAUAAAUUGUCAUCAUAAGUCGGUGAGGUUUUCCACUCCUGAAGAGGAAGGAGUUGACUUAUUACCUUUCAGAGAAUUGCGAAAAUUGAUGAAAGAGGGAGCUCAGAUGUUUUCUUUGAUGGCGACGUUGUCGGUUGAGAGUAAAGCUAAGAUUGAGGAACUGUUAGUGGUGAAAGAAUUCCCUGAAGUUUUUCCUGAUGAAAUUCCUAGUGUGCCGCCAGAGAGGGAAGUUAAAUUUACUAUUGAUCUGGUACCUGGUACUAGGCCUGUUUCGAUGGCACCGUAUAGAAUGUCGGCAUCUGAAUUACCAAGUGUGUCACCGUGGGGAGCUCCAGUGUUGCUAGUAAAGAAGAAAGAUGGUAGUAUGAGGCUUUGUAUUGAUUAUAGACAAUUGAAUAAAGUAACGAUCAAGAAUAAGUAUCCACUACCGAGAAUAGAUGAUUUGAUGGAUCAAUUAGUGGGUGCUUGUGUGUUCAGUAAAAUUGAUUUGAGAUCGGGCUAUCAUCAGAUCAAAGUGAAAGAUGAAGACAUCCAGAAGACAGCGUUCAGAACUCGGUAUGGACAUUAUGAGUAUUCUGUGAUGCCUUUCGGUGUGACUAAUGCGCCGGGAGUAUUUAUGGAAUACAUGAAUCGUAUUUUCCAUACUUAUCUGGACCAUUUUGUGGUAGUAUUUAUUGAUGAUAUUUUGAUUUACUCUAAGUCCGAAGAAGAGCACAAGGAACAUUUGAGAUUAGUGUUGGAUGUUUUGAAAGAUAAGAAAUUGUAUGCGAAGCUGUCCAAGUGUGAGUUUUGGUUAAGAGAAGUCAGUUUUCUCGGCCAUGUAAUUUCAGGAAAGGGUAUUGCUGUAGAUACUUCCAAGGUAGAAGCUGUAUUGCAAUGGGAGACUCCUAAGUCGGCUACCGAGAUUAGAAGCUUUUUGGGAUUAGCUGGAUAUUAUAGAAGGUUUAUUGAAGGAUUUUCUAAGUUAGCAUUUCCGUUAACUAAAUUAACUUGUAAAGGUAAAGCUUUCGUGUGGGAUGUUCAGUGCGAAGAGAGUUUUAAUGAAUUAAAAAGGAGAUUGACGUCGGCGCCGGUUUUGACUUUGCCAAAAGGAAAAGCAAAUGUUGUGGCCGAUGCUUUAAGUAGAAAGACCUUGCAUGUGUCAGCAAUGAUGAUUAAGGAAGCUUGUGUUCUUGAACAAGGAGGUUCGUGGGACACUUAUCUUCCAUUGAUCGAGUUCACAUAUAAUAAUAGUUACCAUUCUAGUAUCGGAAUGGCGCCUUUUGAAGCAUUGUAUGGUCGUAGAUGUAGAACUCCGUUGUGUUGGCACGAAUCUGGUGAGGGUGUAGUACUUGGACCAGAGUUAGUUCGAGAAACUACCGAGAAAGUGAAGUUUAUCCGAGAGAAGAUGAAAGGAUCUGGUCAGACUGAAGAUGCUUAUUAUCAUAAUGUCUUCCUUGAACUUGACUCUGGUUUCGGUUAUCUUACGGAGGUCGCUGAUUUUGAGAGAUUGGAGCCUGUGGAGGCUAUUGAUACUGAGGUUGGUAUAUAG